GGAACUACAACGUCACACUCUCCAGUGAAUUUGACCAUGAAAGACAUAAGAGCGAUUCUCAUCCAGAAGUACAAGAGUUCUGUGUACGCAACACUUGCAAGAAACAAGAUCGAGCAAAUUAAAUUCACGGAAGAAGAGAUUCGCCUAUCAAAAAAGAGCAAUGCGAGCUGGUUGAAGCAAGUUUACACAUUAACAGAUCGUUCUUUUGUGAACAUGAAAAGAGACGUAUCAUAUUACUGGAUAAGAAUUCUAUUCUACCUCGGCGUAGGAGUCACUACAGGAAGCAUCUACUUCGAAAUCGACACGUCUUAUGUGGCCAUCAUUGCAAGAGCCAAAUGCCAAGCCUUUGUGUACGGCUUCAUGCUUUGCGCAUCCAUCGGAGGCUUACCUUCUAUCAUCGAGGAACUCAAG